AUGGAGCACUUAAAAAAUUUAAUAAUAGGUGCCUUAUCAGGUGUUGUAGUUGAUAGUGUAUUGUUUCCAAUUGAUAAUUUAAAAACAAGAGCACAAGCACAAAAAUGUUUUUCUAUAUUUGAAACUUAUAAAUUGUAUAAUGGAAUUUUACCAACCCUAUUAGGUACUGUUCCUGCAAGCGCUUUUUUUUAUUGUUUUUAUGAAAUGUCAAAAAAAUUAUUAACAGAAUACAAUCCAAAUAUUAGCAAAAGUCACUUAUACCUAAUUUCUACAAGUGUAGCAGAAAUUGCUUCAUGUUCAGUAAGGUUACCAUUUGAGAUAGUAAAACAAAGAAUGCAAAUAUCUGAUAAUAGCUCUUUGAUUAAUACAAUAUAUGAUAUUUCAAAAAAAGAAGGCUUAUAUAAAUAUUUACUUAAAAGUUAUUUAAUUAUGAUAGUAAGAGAAAUUCCCUUUGAUUUUAUUCAAUUUUUUUUAUGGGAAACAUUUAAAGAAGUAGCGAAAAAAAAUUUUGGUAAAUAUUCUGAUAAACAUCCAACUAUUACAUCUUCCAUAUGUGGUGGGCUGGCAGGUGGGAUAUCUGGAUUUUUAACUACACCAAUGGAUGUUAUAAAAUCUAGGCAGAUGAUAUAUGGAAAACAUUUUAAUGAAAUUAUUCUAGAAAUAUCGAAUGAAGGGUACUUGUCAUUUUAUAAGGGAUGUUAUUAUAGAACAUGUUAUUUAUUUUUUGGUGGCCUCAUAUUUUUUGGAUCUUUAAAGUUUUUUUCUUUACUUUUAAAAAAUGACUCUUGA